GCUAGCACGCAGAGAAGGAGGGGGAGCAAGAGAGUGAGUGAGUGUCGCAAACGUUGCUGCUGCUGGUUGUCCGGCAACUGUACGGGCUAAUGUAAUGUCGGCAAUGGCCUGUACUUUGUCAUCUACUUUGUGUAGAUAGCUUUAAAAAGUACGGCAGGCCAGGACAGAAUGCUAGUUCCCCAAAGUUCGGCUCUUUAGCCUCAUAGGAGAAGACAUGUCGACGCAGGAGCUUUACACGAAGGGUGCUCGGGUAUGGUUGCCAGAUGCAGCAGCUGUUUGGAAGGCUGCAGAGAUUUCCAAAGGCUUUGAUGGCAAGACCCUCGAGGUGGAAGAUGAAGAAAAACAGAGAGUGGUGCUUACCAUUGACGCACCAGAGAAGCUGCCACCUCUACGCAAUCCCGAGAUUCUCAUUGGCGGCAAUGAUUUGACAUCGCUUUCAUACUUGCAUGAACCUGCAGUUCUGCAUAACCUCCAGGUGCGGUUCUGCAAUAACAAUGUCAUCUACACAUACUGUGGGAUUGUGCUUGUUGCUAUCAACCCUUAUGAGGAAUUGCCUAUUUAUGGCAAUGACACCAUCUUCGCAUAUCGGGGACAAGCUAUGGGUGACCUGGAUCCCCACAUAUUUGCCGUGUCUGAGGAGGCGUACACCAAAAUGGAGAGGGAAAACAUGAACCAGUCUAUCAUAGUCAGUGGGGAAUCUGGAGCUGGAAAAACUGUUUCUGCCAAGUAUGCCAUGCGCUACUUUGCUACCGUUGGAGGUUCCUCUACAGAGACACACAUUGAAAAGAAAGUUUUGGCAUCCAACCCUAUUAUGGAGGCAAUAGGCAAUGCAAAAACAACCAGAAAUGACAACAGCUCUCGUUUUGGCAAGUACAUAGAAAUAGACUUCAACUCCAGGUUCAACAUCAUCGGUGCCAACAUGAGGACGUACUUACUAGAAAAGUCUCGAGUCGUAUUCCAGGCUUCUGAAGAGCGCAACUACCAUAUUUUCUACCAGCUGUGUGCUUCUGCCGAUCUUGACGAACUACAAGAUCUACAGCUGGGUGACCAAACAACAUUUCACUACACAAACCAAGGUGACUCAGCGCACAUUCCAGGUGUUGAUGAUGCACAGUCAUUUCAGACAACCAGAAAUGCUUUCACACUCCUCGGUUUUACGGAUAGCCAGCAGCAAAUGAUCUUCCGUAUACUGGCUGCCAUAUUACACUUGGGCAAUGUGGAAGUUGUGCAAGGUGGUGAGCGAGGUGAUGACACCGAGUGUUGUAUGGUACAGCCCAAAAACCCUCACCUUGUGACAAUGUGUGAAUUGCUAGGUAUAGACCAAGAACAGAUCUCGGUCUGGCUUUGCAACCGACGAAUUGAGAGCAUGCGGGAGGUGAUUACGAAGCCGAUGACUGCCGACCAGGCCAUGUUUGCCCGAGAUGCACUUGCCAAGCACAUAUAUGCACGCCUCUUUGACUGGAUUGUCUCUAGGAUCAAUAAGGCGCUCUCUUUCAAGGACAAAGUGAACCGCUUCAUUGGUGUCCUGGAUAUAUAUGGAUUUGAAACAUUUGAGACAAACAGCUUUGAGCAGUUUUGCAUAAACUAUGCAAAUGAGAAGCUCCAGCAGCAGUUUAAUAUGCAUGUAUUCAAACUGGAACAGGAGGAGUAUGUAAGGGAGCAGAUAGAGUGGAAGUUCAUUGACUUCUACGACAACCAGCCCUGUAUUGAUCUCAUUGAAAGUAAACUGGGUGUCUUGGAUCUGCUGGAUGAAGAAUGUCGGGUGCCCAAGGGAAGUGACAAGUCAUGGUGUGGCAAGCUCUUUGAGAAGUGUAAGCAGUGGAAGCAUUUUGAGAAGCCCCGCCUUUCCAACACUGCCUUCAUCAUCCACCAUUUUGCGGAUGACGUCACUUACGAGUCGUAUGGUUUCCUCGAGAAGAACAGGGAUACUGUACUGGAGGAACAUAUCAACAUCCUCAAAGCUAGUCAAUACGAACUGGUCGCAGAGUUGUUUGAAGAUGAGCCAUCUUCAAACAAGAGGCUGAAACCCACAGUCAAAGUUGCAUCUGCACAACCGGUGUCAUCUUCAAAGAAGCAGCACAAGAAAACAGUGGGCUCCCAGUUUCGUGACUCUCUUGGCUUGCUUAUGAGCACCUUGAAUGCCACGACACCCCACUAUGUCCGUUGCAUCAAACCGAAUGACCAGAAAGCAGCAUUCACGUUUGACACCAAACGGGCAGUCCAGCAGCUCAGAGCAUGUGGUGUAUUGGAAACAGUCCGGAUCAGUGCAGCUGGCUACCCAUCAAGAUGGGGCUAUCAGGAGUUCUUAAGCAGAUAUCGUGUGUUGACUUGUGCCCGAGAUAUUGACAGGAGCGACCUCAAGGUUACAUGUAGGAAGAUCUUGGAAAAAGUCAUAAAGGAAGAAGACAAGUUUCAGUUUGGCAAGACCAAGAUUUUCUUUCGGGCAGGCCAGGUGGCUUACCUGGAGAAGCUCCGAGCAGAAAAGCACAAGGCGUGUGCUCUGAUGAUCCAGAAGCACAUCAGAGGCUACCUACAGUUCAGGCGCUACCGGAUGCUCCUCUGCGCAGCCCGAGGGCUACAGAGAUAUGGCCGAGGAAUGCUGGCUCGCAAGCAUGCACAUUUCCUGCGUUGCACCAAGGCGGCCAUCCUCAUCCAGAGGCAUGUGCGAGGCUUUCUUGCCAGGCGGCGUUACCAGCGCCUCAGGCUCCUGGUGCUGCAGCUUCAGUGCCACAUCCGGGGCAUGUAUGCCCGGAACCGGUACGUCCAGCUCCAGCGCAAUGCUGCUGCUGUCGUCAUCCAGAAAAAUGUGCGUCGCUGGAUCACCAGGCGCAAGUACCAGCGCGACGUGGCCUGUGUUAUCGUGGCCCAGUCGGCCGUGCGCCGCUGGUUUGCCAAGAAGCAGCUGCGCAAGCUUAAGAUUGAGGCCAAAUCGGUGGAGCACGUCAAGAAGCUCAACAAGGGACUUGAGAAGAAGAUCAUCUCACUGCAGCAGAAGAUUGAAGAGCUGGUCAAGGAGAACAAGACGUUCCGGUCUCAGGGUGAGGACAUGCGUGGCCUGCAGGAGAAGUUAGAGCAGGCCAAGAAUCUGGAGAACCUGUUGCGAGUUUCCAACGACAAAUUGGCUGCCCUGGAGGAGACAUUGGCCUCCGUCCAGGUGAAGCUACGGCAGGUGUCGUGUGAGAAGGAAGAGCUGCUAUCCACAAACACAGCGCUCAGCCAGAAAAUCGAAGCUUCAGACAAGGAAAAAAGCAGGCUUCAGCAUGACUUGGAGGAAAUGGUCAAGGCAAUCCAGUUAAACCAAGAAAGUGCCCAGGAGUUGCUGCGCCAGAAGCUAGAAAGCGAGCGUCAGCGUCUGCUGGCCGAGUUCGACGAGGAGCGAUCGGCUUACCAGCGGCUGGUGAAGGAGCGUGAUCGGCUGGAGCAGCGGUGCGAGAACCUUGCCCAGGAGAACAGUCGAAUCAGGGGCCUGUCACACCAGCGUACACCAUCCAACCUCAGCAUGGCCUCUGUGCGCAGUGACAACGCCGACAUAACACGCGAUGACACCUCCGAUGUGCCCGAUGAGGAUGUUGGUUAUGGGUCGGUGAGGUCUGCUAAAGACAAAGAAGCUGUUCAUGGAAAACUCAGCUCCAUUGCUUGGCAGUCCACUGGAGCAUCUGCUGAAAGGAGUCCUGGUGCCCCGGAGCAGCAGCAAGCCCCUCUUCCUGAUGUGUCAGUGGUUCUGAAGCUUCAGCAGCGACUGAAUGAAGUUGAGCAAGAGCGAGCACGUCUGGAGAAGAAGAUGGAAGCUAUGGAGGUCAGGGAGGAGCAGUCUCAGGCCAGGGAAGCCAGUGGCAAAGAGCUGAUGCGGCUGCAUGAGUUGGAGAUGGAGAAUGCCAAGCUGAAGGAAGAUGUAAAAAAGAUGGUGAAAACUCUGGCUAACGAGGACAAGUCAAGCCGGGAGAAAGAUUUGAUGGCUCACUACGAGUCAAUCCAAGACGAGCUGGAGCGCCGGCGCGAGGAGUGCCUGCAGUUGCGGGCAGUGCUGGCCAACCAGAAUGAGGACCUGAAGUCAGUGGUAGCCCUUGAUUCAUAUCGUGGCAAUCUGGAUCUGGUCAACGAGGAUGGGGAGCUCCUGAUGGCAUUUGAGACCCAGAAGAAGCUCAUCAGACAACUUGAGGCUGAGCUGCAGACUGAGAAAGUGCGCAUGCACGCCAUGGAGCAUGAGUUUAGGGACGAGAUCAGGAAACUUCAGGAUGACAAUGAUCGCCAGCAGAAGCUUCUCAGCCAGAACCUCAAGAAGUCUCCCCAAGCUCAGACAGAUGCGAUUCUACAACAUGAGAUCAAUCGCCUGACAGGAGAGAACGUGGAUUUGAGAGAGAAGAUAGAUGGGUUGGCCGAGCAGCUGAAGAAGUACAAGCGGCAGCUGAAGAUUUAUGCGAAGAAGAUGAAGGAUGGCGGACUUCUUGACCAGGCUGCAGACGUCAAAGUAGAGGCAGCCGAGGAGCAUGGAAAGAACAUGCCUGAAAUCAUGCACAAGAAUGCCGAGUACCUUGGAAUGUUUGAGUACAAGGCCGAAGACGAGAGUAUAAUUAUCAAGAACCUUAUCAUAGACCUCAAGCCAAAGCUGGCAGUGACACUAUUGCCCGGCCUACCUGCUUACAUUUUGUUCAUGUGCAUCCGUCACACGGAUUAUGUCAACGACGAUGAAAAAGUCAAGAGCCUGCUGAACAACAUUGUUUUUGGCAUCAGAAAAGUGAUUAAGAAGCGGCAUGAGGAUACAGACUACACUGUCAUGUGGCUUGCAAAUACCUGCAGAUUCAUGCACAACUUAAAGCAGUACAGUGGAGAGAAGCAAUUCCAAGUUGAGAACACGCCCAAGCAGAACGAGCAGUGUUUGAGGAACUUCGACCUGUCUCAGUACAGGCAGGUAAUGAGCGACAUAGCAGUGUGGAUCUACCAGGCUGUCAUCAAAAGCAUGGAGGAAAAAGUUCAGCCUUUGAUUGUUCCAGCAGUGCUCGAGCACGAGGCGAUUGCGGGGAUCUCUGGAAACAAGCCUUGCGGAAUGAGGAGCCGAGCGUCCAGCUUGGCACGCGACCUGGAGUCUCCUGUGGAUCCCCAGCAUGCUCUCGAUGUUCUGCUCAAAGAGCUUAACAACUUCUACAAAGUGCUGCUGGUUCAUGGAGUUGACCCUGAGCUCAUAACUCAAGUUUUCAAGCAGCUAUUCUACUUCAUCUGUGCUGGUGCCUUGAACAACCUGCUUCUUCGCAAGGACAUGUGCCACUGGUCCAAGGGCAUGCAGAUGAGAUACAACCUGAGCCAUCUGGAGCAGUGGUGCCGAGACCAGAAGGUCUCGCAGAGUGAGGUGCUAGACACGCUUCAGCCCAUAGUUCAGGCAUCGCAGCUGCUCCAGGCCCGCAAGACGGACGAAGAUGUUGCCAGCAUCUGUGACAUGUGUGACAAGCUCACCACAGCGCAGAUCACAAAGAUCCUCAACUUGUACACACCUGCAGACGAGUAUGAGGAAAGGGUUCCCGUUUCAUUCAUACGCAAAAUUCAGGCCAAGCUUCAAGAACGGAACCAGGAGACACUGCCUGUGUCUGACAACACGCUUCUGAUGGACACUAAGUUUGCAUUCCCAAUAAGGUUUCCUUUCAACCCAUCCAGGAUACAACUGGAAGACAUCAACAUUCCCGAUGUUCUCAACCUUUCCAUGUUGCGAAAGCUGUGAACACUCAUUUUCAUUUUUUUUUUAUUUCUGUAAUGUAUUGAGAAGUGUAACUUAUAUUUUGCUGAGGGCCUUUUGCUUGUGCCUCUGGCCUGAGCAGCAAACAAACUUCUAGCCAACUGUCACAAUUUUUUUGUGUGCCUAUACUUUUUUUUAUGUCCCCUCUUGUCAUUCCUCUCCCCCAUGUGCCAGGCAUACUUUUUUUCUGUGUUCACAGAAAGAAAAAGCCAUAAUAUGUAUGUGGCCAUAUCUAGCUCUCCUCUGUUCUUCACCCUGCAUUUGUAAAACAGAAGAGCACAUGUAGUGCUUGCAGAGCACAAUGGCCACCUUGUUUUUUUUUCCUUUCUUCUUUUUUUUUUGCACGGGAUCCUUUAGCUGGAUGCCGUCUUAAUACUGUUUUGUGCAUAUCAUGCUUUCAAAGCUGUGGUUGUGGUUAAGGUGGCCAUAGUUUUAUCUGUGAUGUUUGGCUUUCGCAUACACGGUCUUCACAUGUAUAGACAGAAUAUUAUGUUGGUGGUGUUGUAUAUGUGAUUCGAGGAAGAAAUUUAUUUUUCGAUGUUUUUAAGAAAUAUAUUUUUAACCUACCUUUUUUUUUUUCUUUUCGAACUUGCAGAAUUUACCCUUUUUAAGAAGUUGCCCGGUUUGUUCGGUUUCUUGCCUAAUUCUUUUGACAUUCCGAUAUUUAUGGAUCUACACUUACAAUAUUUAUUUUUUUCAUUCUAAUGUUUUACUCUUGUUAUUGUUUGCUGACUUACUAUUACUUUGGAGUAUUGGACGUGUUUUUCAGACGAACAAUAAGUUUGUACACUUGACCUCAUGUGGCUGCCACUUUUUCUUUGCGCCCCCAUAUUUAGCGCCAUCCUGUGUUUGCAAGCUCUGGGCAAAACGAGAAGAUUUAGACAAACUGAGAACAGGAAGAUGCUUCAGUGUAACAAGAAGACGGAAGUCAAUUAUCCCUGUAGCCAAACGAGCACCGUGUUGGUGUAGCUGGGGAGAGGCAUAUGUUAUUAUAAGCAUUCAGCACAAAAUGACUAACCUGUGGGUGUCAUGUAUUGUACCUGUAAGGUGGUUGAAAACAUUCCCCAUGUAAUUUAAAGCAAGCGUCGGUUGUUGUUCAUAGGAGCAGGUUUUCCAUGCAUAUGCCAAAUGCACGCACCAAAUACACCAAAUACUGUUGACAAUUGCUGUACAUUAGUUUUUGAAAAUAAAGUAGUAGAAACUAAGCAA